GAUCGGUACGGGGGGGGCGGGUACACCUUUCAUACGCAGGUGGGUUGGGAGACGAGACAGUGAGACAGUGACUGUGAGGGCGUGUGGGCGGCUCUGGGCGUACAAAAAGGACUCACUUUUUAACACAAGAUGACGCGACCCAUGUUGAUCCUGUGGGUAAUGAUGAUUGCAACAGUUAUCGGAAAUCCAGAAGCGGAACAGGAACUAAGGAAGAAAUUAUUAAAGGAUUAUGACAAGGAGACGAUGCCAGCGACCAACACCACUAUUACCAUCAGCUCUAUCAAUGUCCUCAAUUUGAAAAUGCAUGAGGAGGAACACACAGUGGACAUACACGCUUUGUUAAGACACUCAUGGGAGGACCUUCGGUUGGCAUGGAGCCUUGAGGAGAACAUGCAAGUUGGCAUAAUGGGAAUGGACCCCGAGGACAUAUGGACACCUGAUCUCACCAUCUAUAAUGCGGCAAAAAGCAGCGAGCAUAUGACCCACUCUCACAUGCCAACGAUAGUUUUCCCAGAUGGUUCUGUGUUAAACGUACCAUCUGUGAACCUCCGUUUUACCUGUGUCAUGGACCUGACGUACUGGCCUCAUGAUACUCAUAACUGUUCCUUGGAGAUCGGGUCUUGGGUACACAAUGGACAUCAGCUGGACAUGCAGUUGGAGGCCUCUGGUUUGGAGAUGGACAUCAGCUCUGGCGUGGGUGAGGGAGGAAAGAACCUCAGCUUGACGGAAUGGAGACUCGAAGAAGCCAAGCUGUCACGAGCUGUCAAAAAGUUCCGUUGCUGUGACGAGCCCUACGUUUCCGUCAUCGUUAACAUUAGGGUGACGAGAGACGCUCCUGUUUAUGCAUGGACAGUCAAAAUGCCCGCUGCUUGUUUAACCCUCCUGACGCUGGUGGUGUUCCUACUUCCUCCCGCUGCAGGAGAAAAGGUCGUCUUUGGGGGCCUGUGCCUUAUCUUGGACACCAUCUUCAUAGGCUACUGCACUUCCGUCGUGGGACAUGCGCCUACGCACACACCCCUUAUUGUGCUGAUGGUGUGCCAGCAAUUCCUGAUCCUGGUUCUGGGGAUCAUCGUAGCUUCAGUGGUGCUGCGGAUGUCAAGGGAGGUGUACGCGUGUCAUCUCCCUUCCGUAAUGAAAGGUCCCCUCCUGGCUAUCUCCUACUUUCUGUGCCUGGGGUCCUAUAGGAGCCUGGUUUCGAAAUCGUACCAAAGCUUCGCCUUCUUCGCCAAACAAGAUGAGCUGGAAAUAGGCGAAGGGGGCGCCCAGGACCUGCACCGGAGACGAGAGAACAGCGACGCCCACGAAUGGUUUCUCUUGGGCGCCGUCGUUAAUCGCCUUGCCCUGUUGCUGAGCGUUGCCGUCUGCGUCAUCAGUCUCAUUCGUUUCAGCUGUGUGUUGUAAGGGGUUCGGAUGCCCUUUGUACGUGUGUGUGUGGGUGGGCGGGUGUGUGUGUGUGUGUGUG